GUGUUUUAGGGAGCGUUUGACAGUGAUGAGGGGUGGUCGUUUGACAAGGACCAAGCCAAUGCAAUUAUCGACUACUUGAAGUACUCAAAAAGCCUCUACGUCUUAUGCCAGAUACCUAUUAUCUGUUCGAUUUGUGCGUCACUCCUUGGGAGACAGACAUGGCUAUCCAAUAAAGAAUGUGACCCCGGAGCUCUGACUCCAAUGUACACUGACCUACUCGCCCUGUUUCAAACACGGGACCAUAAUACACAGAAGAUGGCUAUUAAAUUUGGGGAACUAGCCUUUAAGCUGUUGGUGAAAGGCAACACAGUUUUCUACAGGGAAGACCUACGAGAGUGCGACAUUGACUCUCGAGGGGUCCGAGUUUGCAAAAGGAAGCAUACCCAUCUUCAGGGAGGAUAUUGGGCACAAUCAAAAGAAGAUCUACUACUUUGGGCAUACUACCAUUCAGGACUUCUUUGCUGCAAUGUGGUUUCUUCAAUCCUGCAACAGCUAAGACGAAAACCUGAGGAAUGCAGUGGACAUGGCCUUGCAGAGCAAAAACGGAAAGCUGGACCUCUUCCUCCGCUUCCUCCUCGGCAUCUCGCAGAGCUUCAUCCAGUCAAUCGCAGAGGCCAGCUACAACUCGUCGAAUACACUGACGGAAAUGGUAGAGUAUAUCCAGAAGAAGGUCAUGGAGAAUCCCGCUUUACCGAAGACAGUCAACCUGCUGAACUGCCUGAUGGAACUGGGUGACAGCUCUCUAGAAACUGAUUGCGUGCACUUUCUCAAGACGGGAAUCCCCCCAGAUGCCAAAUACCCAUGUGCACAUUGGUCUGACCUGUCCGCUCUUUUAAUGGCACUGACGUCUGGGUCAACAGACAUGCUUGGGUUGGAAGUAAAGAAGAGAGGAGACAAGGAACUUCUGAGGAUGCUGCCAGUGAUCAAAGCUUGCCAGAGAGCCACGCUGUCAUAUCACAACCUGACUGAGAAAUCCUGUGAAUGUCUGGCCUCGGCGCUCACCUCAAAGGUGUCCAAUCUUAAAGCUCUGGACCUGAGUUUCAACACGCUGAAGGACACAGGAGUGCAGCUACUGGCGACCGGCCUGGCCAAGCCACACUGCCGACUGGAGAGACUGAACCUGUCCGGCUGCAGGGUGAAACAGGAUGGCUUUUCCGCUCUGGCCAAAGCUCUCAAAUCCAACCCCUCGCACCUGCGAGAGCUGGAUCUGAGCGGCAACGAACCGGGAGAAUCGGGGAUGUUUCUUCUCGUUGACGGACUAAAGGUUGUUAAGUGCGAACUGCAGAUCCUGAAGCUCUCAAACUGCAAGCUGGGCCUGGUGCUGUGCCAAGCGCUGUCAGUGUUGCUGAUAGACAACCCCAGACACCUGAGAGAGCUGGACAUCAGCAUGAACAACCUGGGAGACGGGGGGGUGGAGAUGCUCAUGGAUUUACUGAAGUCAACCCAGAUAUACAAACUGGAGUUGUACUGUUGUCAGGUCACUGAGAAAUGCUGUGAGAACAUGUCUGGAUGUCUGGUGAACAUCCCCAGUCUGAAGGAGCUCAACCUGAGCAACAACAACCUGAAGGAUGAGGGGGUCAAGAUGCUCUGCAAAGCCUUCGGACUGCCCGGCUGUCAACUGGAGAAACUCAAUGUGGCGAGCUGUGGCAUCACCCUAGCCAGAGGGUUUCAUUUCAACUCUAUCCUCAAAGAGCUGGACAUCAGCAGGAACCAUCUGGGCGACUCGGAUGACUGGGCCGAUGUCUUAUUCUGCUUGUUUUCACUUGAGACCCUCAGGCUGAGUGACUGUAAACUGACAGAGAAAUGCUGUGGGGACCUGGUUAAAGCUCUCGGCUCCAACCUCACCAAACUGAAAGAGCUGGAUCUCUCUGGAAACGACAUGGGAGACAGCGGCGUGAAGACACUCUACUUGGAACUGACCUCCAGGUGCUGUACACUGGAGAGACUGUUUCUGAGAUGCUGUGGGAUCACAGCAGAGGGCUGCUCCUCCCUAGCCUUAGCCCUGAAGUCCAGCCACUCCAGCAUCACAGAGCUAGGCCUGAUGGGAAACGACACGGGAGAAGAUGGACUGAGAAUUCUCUCUGCCAUCAGGGACGACCCACGCUACAAACUACAGACUCUAGAGUUGGUGUGGAUAAGAUGGCCAGACAGUUCACGGUGAAAGGUGGAACUCGCCGCUGGCCUGUUGCCGUAUUCUACAACCUGCUCGACCUGGCUGCUAUCAACGCGCACGUUUUGUUCACCCAGUGUACCGGCAAGACAACGCCACGGCGAGAUUUCAUCAUGGAUCUGGCAUGGGAGCUUCGUGAGAACCACAUGAGGGCCAAGACGAAGGCAGCUGCAGCUGCCAAGGAAGCAGCCAAGGAAGCAGCCAAGGCCGCACCGCCUCCUUCCCGGGCACCCAUCCAGCUCCCAGCUGGGAAGAGAACACAGUGCCAGGUGAAGACGCAGUGUGCACGGAACCAGGCCCAUGAAAGCUGUGCACAAUGCCACCGAUUUGUUUGUGGGUCUUGCACCCACAAAGGUCCGAAGCUAUGCGCCGACUGUGGAUCAGAGCAAUAGAGGAGAAAAUAAGAAACUGAUUAAUGCAUAAAAGGCACAUAUCCCACUCAAGGCACAGGCGAGGGCACAAUACCGUGUCCAACUCCAAACUAAUGAACAAAUGACUCUUGUUUUGUGUCAUGGAUAUUUUUCAAUGAAUAUCCCCAUAUGUAUUUAAUGUUUCACAUGUGUUUUGCACUCUUUAUAAAAGUUGGCGCUUCUGUGAAUGCAUAAAUCAGUUGACCGUGCAUGUCUUGAGGGAGAUUAUUUGACUAUUGCUCUGUGAUACUUUUAAGUAAAUCUACUAUACAAAUACAAUUGAUUAAAUCGUGUGUUUUUAUUCCAAGAAAAACUCGAAUACGUUUUAGAGGCCUGUGGAU